AUGGGCAAGAAGCGUAAGCGCGGAGAUUCUUCCCGGGAUGCGAUGGAAAGCUCCCAGCUUAGCAAUGCCUUUGGCAUAGGUAACACUCUUUCUCUCCUUCGUGAGCCCCCUGCGGCUCCACGCGUUGCAAAGCCCCACCAGGGAGGUGCAGAGAGCGAUAUUGCAGAAAAUUGCCCGGACUCGGAGCUUGGGAAAAAGAAAAAGAAAAAGACAGGGAAGGAGAAAGUCAAGUACCCCAGCCUAACGUAUAUUAAUGGGCAAAUGCAAAAUCCAAUCAAGAUAUCAGACUUGCAGGGGCUAUUACUUUACUGUUUUGCAGAUGGUCUUUCUCCCCAGUGGAUAUCGGUGAAACAUUCGGGCCAUAUAAGAAAAGCAGUUGUGGUUAUGGUCCCUGGUUUAGAAACUGGAAUGUUUGACGGAUCGGUAAAACUGACCGGGCCAGAGGCCCCCUCAGCAAACACAGACGUUGAAUCCCCCGAGAGCGUGGAACAGCCUACCGAAUUUGAAAUGUGGAAGAAAGGCGUACCUCUAGAUCGGACUUUGAACCGCUCAAACCCGAAAUCACUUCUUAAUGAAGAACUCCCUGACGCUUUGCAGCCGCUAUCUGAGAUCUUCCCGCAUAUUUGGCCUGUCAGAUCCCCUGGAGAUACGAAAUAUAACAAGCUCCAUUCGCCACUCCAGGCUUUCCUCAUGUCCGCACUUCAAAAAUCAGGCAAAGACGGCAAUAAUGGGCCAGGGCCGAGGCCGCCACGAAACCAAUCAUGGGCAUCCAAACAGGCUUCUGUUACAACAUUUAUUACUUCCCCCCAAGAUUUAAAAGAAGGCGAUUAUGUUCUGCAUCCAGCAUUGUUUGAUACAGUAAACGAAAAAAAUGCCUAUGCAAAUAUUCGCCGUCGAACAGAGCAGUCUGCAGAACAUGGCUGGGUUGACACAAAUAUCAGCCAUGUUAAGGAUGCAAUUGUUCCAGAAAGUGAAAUCCAGACUGGCAGCAUUACGGUUGGCCGUCGGGUACUCGCCCUUGACUGUGAGAUGUGCAUAACUGAAGGUGGGAAAUCUGAGCUUACACGGAUAAGUAUGGUUGGGUGGGAUGGCGAAGUCAUUCUCGAUGAGUUUGUCAAGCCCGAACGCCCAGUGAUUGAUUACCUGACUCAAUAUUCCGGCGUAACGAAAGAGAUUUUGGAUCCAGUUACAACGACGCUGGACGAUAUUCAAAAGAGAUUACUGAAUAUCCUGACUCCCAAUUGCAUACUUGUUGGCCAUUCUUUGAACUCGGAUCUAAAUGCUCUGAAGUUAACACACCCGUUUAUCAUCGACACCGCACUACUUUAUCCGCAUCCUCGCGGACCCCCGCUGAGGUCAAGUCUCAAAUGGUUAGUUCAAAAAUAUCUUGGACGGGAAAUCCAAAAGGGCCAAGCUGGCCACGACUCAAUCGAAGAUGCCAGAGCAGUCUUGGACCUUCUGAAACAAAAGUGCGAAAAAGGCGAACGCUGGGGCACCAGUGAUUGUUCCAAUGAGAGCAUUUUUCGCCGACUUUCGCGAGCCUCGAAAGAUCAUCGGGCUGGCCGUGCAGCAGAAGGCGAAGGCCGAACUGGUGCUGUUGUUGACUGGGGCAACCCCGACCGCGGUUUUGGUGCCCAGGCUUCAGUAGCCUUGGGCUGUCAAAACGACGAAGAAGUGGUCGCUGCGUUAAGCAAAGCGGUUAACGGAGACACUGAUGGCCUGCCUGUUCCUCCCGGAGGAGUAGACUUCACGUGGGCGAGGCUACGAGAACUCGAAGUCUUUCGAGGUUGGUGCAACCGCGUACCCGGUACAUCCAAUUCAUAUGAUUCAAGCUCCGUCGCUGUGCAACCGUCACCAUCAGCAGUGGACCCAGAUACACUUGGUAGUACCGUGGCAAAGACAGUAUCCUACAUUAAACGUAUCUACGACAGCUUACCGCCAUGCACCCUCUUUAUGGUUUACUCAGGAACCGGUGACCCGCGGGAAGUUGUUCGAUUGCAAGCUAUGCACAAGACAUACCUGGAAGAAUUUCGGAGCCGAAAACCUUGGGACCAAUUGACCGUGAAAUGGACAGAUACCGAAGAACAGGCGCUGAAGAAGGCGUUGCAGUUCGCCCGUGAUGGAUGUGGAUUUCUCACUGUAAAGUAA